AAGCAACCACCACUCUUCGUAUUCAUUCGCACUUUUUUUCCUGGGGGAACAACAGUGGUAUUUUCCCACAAAUAAAGCACCAUGAAGGCUUACAUCUUGGCAUGUCUCGUCUUUUCCGUAGCUCUUGCCGCUACAGUACCAAAAAGGCACAAAAGGCAAGCUUAUGAACUUCCGGACGGUGCUGAUAUAUUAGUUGGGCCAAUCAAGACAACUUUUAACUGCUUCAACGACGGGUACUACGCCGACGUGGACAACAACUGCCAGAUCUUCCAUGUGUGUCAUUCCGUAGACAAAGAUGACGGGUCCAGAGAUACCAAGCAAUGGUCUUUCGUUUGUGGUAAUCAAACUCUUUUCAACCAGCUUACUCUGACCUGCGCUGAUCCUGAAGACGCCGUUCCAUGCCCAGAAGCACCCAGUUUCUACAACAUCAACGAUAGGAUCAACGCUGGAGAUCCUAAGUUGUACUUUCUCACCGAUGAUGAUAUCCAGAGAGCUGAACCUUUGCUGUACAGAAACAGGGAAGGAGAUUUCCAGCCUAAACCUAGUCCUCAAAGAGGUUAAGGACCAAAAAAACAGAGCACUGAAACACGGAACAACGGUAACAAAGGACUGGACUUGUACAACUCAUCAAAAUAACAGAAUAGCUUCUUUACUUAUUGGAUAUAAUGCUAUUGGGAACACUGGUUUUGGCCUUCAGUCAAAAGACAGCUUUAUUUUAUUUAUAAGCUGGAUUUUCUUCUGCACCUCGCUUAUUAUGAAAAUCUUCAAGCCAAUUUAAGUUGGAAGUCUUUCUUCCACUUUUAUUUGCAAACAUUUCUUAAUCUACACUCUAUGAGUCAUUAGUUCCUAAAUUUGAUUUCUUUAAGUUCCUUAUCUGUUUUAAUACAUCUCUAUGGUGGUAGCUUCAGAACUUCAAAUGCAGUCAUCUUUCCUUGUGCCAGCAUCCUUCGCAAUUCACGCCAUCUGCAAUUAAAAUUUGCAAAAGCUUCUUCAAGACUUCGGCCAGUAGUAUGAGUCCUUAUCAAAGAUGAUCAAAUAUCGUUUAUAUGUAUAGGUAGGGGUGUAUUAUAAUUUGUUUGGGAAAGGGUGCGUUUGUAAAUGUUUUCUUUGUUUGUGACUUGUCUUUGGUGUACCUGUGAUACAUUCAAGUCUUUUGUAAGAGCUUCUCAUUUGUGACAUGUUACUAUUUAGAACAAAUAAAUGUUACUGCAAGUUUA